AGAGGACUUGCGCAGCCAUAUUGGUUGGGUUUCGCAAGAGCCGGUGCUUUUUCACGGUACUAUCCGUGAGAAUCUUCUGUUUGGUCUUGACGCUGACGAACGAGAAGAUGGGAACGACACUUCCCUUUUCGACUACGAGGAUGAAACCCAAGAAGAAGCAGACACAAGCAGAAAAACAAAUGGAGGCUUAUUUGUGGUGGACAAGAAAAAGAUGAAAAAAGUCAUGCCCGCCAUUGGCAUGAAACCAGAGGACGUCAACAGCAA